AUUACAACAAACAUAUUUUAAAAAGUUUUAAAAGAAAACUUAAAAUUAUUGAGAUACAAUACUAUUCCUUUAACGUCCCUACACUACACAUUGAAUAAAAAAGUUAACUUGCCUCAUCUACUAAUCUUUUUUUCUAUCAUUCGUCACCGUUUCUUUAUACUCUCUCUCUCUCUCUCUCGGACAAGAAGAGGUAGUAGAGAUAUGUCGCUGUCGUCUUACCUAAGCCCGACGCGCUUUCUAGAAGGCUACCUCCGCCGUUGCCUCACGGCGGCAGGAUUGACGUCGCAGACGCUUUCCAUAGACUCUGAAACAACCAUCCACUUCUGGGGACCACCACACCGGAGCGAUGAUGACGACGACAGACCUGUUAUGCUUCUCCUCCACGGCUUCGGUCCAUCCUCUAUGUGGCAGUGGCGGCGACAGAUUCAAGCCUUCUCUCCCUCUGUUUUCAGGCUCUAUUCUCCCGAUCUUGUCUUCUUCGGUGACUCUACCACUUCCUCCACCAACCGCACCGAAGUCUUCCAGGCGGAAUGUAUGGCAAAGCUAAUGGAGAAAUUAGGAAUAGGCAAGUAUAGUGUGGUUGGAACAAGCUACGGCGGUUUUGUGGCAUACCAUUUGGCAAAAUUGUGUCCGGAAAAAGUGGAGAAAGUAGUGAUUGCAAGCUCUGGUGUCAACAUGCGAAAGUGUGACAGUGAAAGUUUAUUGCAACGAUCCAACUGUGAGGUCAUCGAGAAAGUUAUGUUACCAUCCACUGCAGCUGAGCUUCGCACACUUAUGGCUUUGGCAUCUUCGUCGCGGAUACUUAGUAUGUUUCCCAAUGCUUUCUGGAACGACGUUAUUAGUAAUUUAUAUACAAAGAAUAGAACAGAGAAGAUUGAAUUAUUGAAGGGGGUGACUUUUGGCCGGAACGAGAAUUUAAACAUCGAUCCUCUUUCUCAGGAGGUCCUAAUAGUAUGGGGAGACAAAGAUCAGAUAUUUCCUGUGAAGAUGGCUUACGAAUUAAAAGAGGUUCUUGGAGACAAAACGAAACUAGAAAUUAUCGACAACACCUCGCACGUUCCUCAGAUCGAAUGUGCACAAGAGUUUAACAAUAUCGUUUUGAGAUUUUUGAAGGGUUCUUAAGAGCUGUAAUUUUGUAUACAGAUUCUUCCGCUUGUUUAGUGUUAAGCUACUAUUCGUUACGUAAUCUUGCUACUUUUCUUGCCAUGCUUUCUCAUUUUUCAUGUAAUUUUCCCUUUUACUUGCCAUAUUGUUUUUACCAUUAUAUAUACGCAUAUACUUCCUUGUAGUUUAUAUAUUCUUCUUUGAUAUGAAUAUUGGGUAUGAAUUGGUGUGAA